AUGAACUGCGUCGCUCCCGUGACGAAGAUACUCAACGACAAAGUGGGCUCCAGCGAGGAUGUGAACACAAGCUAUGAGAUCUUCAUUCCACAUCAAAACCACAAGGAGUCACUACCACUUCUACUUCCUCUUCCUGGAAUUCAUUCGUUGUUACCGUCACCAGCCUCUCCUCCGUCAGAUCGGGUCUACCUGCAAGCAGCAGCCAUCUUCUGCAAGCUGCGCACAGAGAAGCCUGCGGCGCAUCAACUCCUGCAUUAUGGGAAGAGGACAGACGCGCCGCUACCAGAGGGCGGAGCCAAAACAGCGCAGAGAUGGGCCUACCAACUCGCCUACAACACACUCAAAUAUCAAGAUUUACUGGAGGACAUCAUUGCUGACAGCUGCUUCCACACUUCCCAGCACAUUUGUGGGGACUUGUUGCCAUUGGCGAUGGUGAUGCUGUUUGACUUCCAGGACCGACGUUUUCUGUCGCGUGAGCGUUCAACGAAGGACGGGGACGAGCCUCUGCAGGAAGUCAGGGACCUGGAGGGCAGUCUGCAGAGGUGUAAAACUAAGCUGGCAGCGUCUCUUGCUCGCUGCAGAGUGAAACAGAACCUGCAAAGCAUCUCCUGUUUUCUGUCUGAUCCUGUCAGGACCAAACAUCACAGAACAAAAUGUCUGCCGCUGUACGCGUGGGUCAAUACUCUCAAGACCAAUGUUGAGGAAGUGUGUAAAGCGCUACGAGGAGUCGGCUUGUGUGAAGUGGAGCCCCCGACUGACCUCAGAGAGGCGACAUUCAGCAGAGACCCUCUCUGUCCGGACACACUCGUCUUCUCCCGGCAGCUCCAUGCUUUGCUGCAGCACAGCAGCCUCACAAGCACACACACACUCAACACACAGGACAGGAGUCUUUGCGUGGCGGUGAGCGCGUUACGCCCCCUGCUGUUCGACAAAGGGGACGUCCUGGUGGCGGGGUCCUUCUCGUCAGUGACCGUUGCUCAUGUUUCCGUGGCGGCCGCUGCCCGCUUCGGCCGAGUGCUGGUCUGCGGUGCCGAUCAUACAACCGGGCAAUUAGAGGAGUUGCAAGAACUGCUUGCACAAAUGGACAUCAAAAACGUGCGAGUCCUGUCAGAAGCCUUCUGCGGUCUGGAGGAGUUGGAUGCCGCCGUCCAGCGCUUAAAGGUCAUCAUAGUGCUCCCCCAGUGCUCAUCCUCUGCGCUCAAUGACCCCGUGCCCACCAUCCACAGCGAACACGGAGACUGGGAUCUACUGCCAGACUUGUGUCACAAUUCUGUAUCCCUGAGCAAAAUACAGAAGAUGGCCAGCCAGCAGGCACGACUAUUGGCACACGCUCUCUCCUUCCCAAAGGUCCAGACAGUGGUCUACUGCACACGCUCAGUGUAUCCCGAGGAAAAUGAACAACUAGUGAAAAGAGUUUUAGAUAAAACGCACAAUUACCCCAAACUGCUGCCCUUCAGGGUGAAUGGCCCUAUUUUCCCCAACGACUCCCAGUCAAUCGACACGACGGACUCCAAGUUCUUCAGGCUGGAGGCAUCCCAGUUCACCAACGGCUGCUUCGUCGCCCGGCUGUCCCGACAGGCAGAUCCCACCAAAGUAGAGACGGUCCACGAUGUUCUGGCAAGGGCAGCAGCAAAGGGCCUCCUGGGUGGAAUAAUUCCUGAACAAUCAAAAACCGUUAAAAAGGGAAAAAGCAGGAAGAAUCGCGUUGCGUCGGCCGGCAGCAAACCCUCAUCCCCCUCCAGCCAGGAGAGGCAGACAGGAAGCAAGGUUGUGAAUGGAGAAGAGCCUGACGCAGCUUUAGAGAAUGAAGAAAAGAGAGGUGAAUGUGACCAGGAGAGAGAGAAUGGAAAGGAAGAAGAGAAGGGUGGAAAGGGAGAAAAGAAGAGAAGAGGGUUGAAAGGAAGUAAGCGAAAGGUCAAAGGGCAAACCAACAGGACUACCGAAGUCUCAAAGCAACACCUUAAAAGCCACAAGAAGAAAUCAACAAAGGCAAAAGUCGACCAAUCACACCACAAGAGGCGGCUUACAAGAAGUAAACCCAGGAGAAUACCUCGUCUUACACUGACGUUAAUGUCCUCCGCAAAACCCUCCAACCACUUGUCUCCAAUCACGGCCCUCGCACACAAGCUAAGUAACAGUCCAACGAUUAAAUCACAGCAGACUGACAUCAGCGCCCCGUCCCCUGCCCGUCCUGCUCCACCUGCCCCCCAUUCAGCCUCCCAUCAGGUGCAGAGACGCAACACAGAGCCAGAAAGAGCAGAGAGAACGCUGAAGGAUGGAGCUAGACCGGAGAGCUUGUUUAAGGCCAGAGGAAAGGUGGUCAGACCUGAGAAAGAGGAUGUGUUGAAGCCCGCAGAUUUUGUCCUGCCGCCCAUUUCCCCCACCUCCGAGAGCAGCCGGAGCAGCAGUUCUUUCUGUCAGCGUCUGACCCGGACCUCCCUCUCUCAGCCCGCCCAGAUAUCUGCACCGUCCUCCUUAGUCUCCCUGCCUGGAUUAUAG